CAAGCUGUGUGUUUUAUGACUUUUCCUGUAAUUUUACAGCCGAAACAAAUACAUGAGAUCAAGGACUUCCUUCUCACAGCGAGAAGAAAGGAUGCUCGUUCCAUCAAGAUCAAGAGGAGCAAGGAUGUUGUGAAGUUCAAAGUCCGAUGCUCGAAAUACCUCUACACGCUCUGCGUUUUCGACUCUGAAAAGGCUGAUAAGUUGAAGCAAUCACUUCCUCCAGGUCUCAGUGUUGAAGAUCUGUGAGGAUUGGAGGAGCUCUUAAGCUUGGGUGGUGAAAAUUGUUUUUCUUGUUCUUUGUAGUGAAAUCUUUAAAAUGUUGGAGUUGUAGGUGAUUAACUUUUUUAAAACAAUGUGAGGAACAUGUGUUAUACGGAGAAGUUUUGUUAAUUGUUGCUUCGGUGUUGCUAGGCCUUUGUUUCCCCGACUUAUGCCAAUGACCUGCUUCUCUUCUCCAGUCUCAUAUUCUAUGAUAUUGCCUGGCAAGUUUGGUGAAAUUUUGCUCAUUCCAAUUUCA